GUUGUCGUUUGCAUUCAGUAAAUACCGAACGCAGUUACGAUUGUGAAUAUCUACGAUAUUCAAUUAAAAAAAUCGGCCUCUAAAAAUAUUAGCCAAAAAUAACAUUUUGACAAAAAAAAAUCGAUUGUAUCGAUAAAUCGGUAAAAAUCGCGCAUUCCUAACUAUCGCGCCAACUUCUGCCACGCGGCAAGCGUUGCCGCGUUUUAUGUGCAGAAGCCAUAACCGUCUACGCGAGUCUAUUCUUACUAAUGUCUAUAAGUUUGAUAUAGAGAGUGCCAGCGAAGAGAACAGCAAAACACAAUUCGAAAAUACACUACGACGGUAAUGGCGGACGAGGAGCUACCAGCAGGAUGGGAGAAACGCCUCAGCAGAUCGACUGGUCAACACUAUUAUUUAAACAUUUAUACCAAGGAAAGUCAGUGGGAUAGACCAGAUAAACCUGCCGAUCCAUCUGGCAAUGGCAAAACAGAUGGACCUGAAGAAGUGCAAUGUUCUCAUUUACUUGUAAAACAUUCAGGCUCUCGACGACCUUCUUCCUGGCGAGAGGAGAAUAUUACUAGGUCAAAAGAAGAAGCUCUCGAUUUGGUCAAAUCUUAUAGAGAACAAAUUGCAUCUGGUAAAGCGACGUUCGCUGAACUUGCCUCCAAAUACAGUGAUUGUAGUUCGGCAAAGCGCGGCGGUGAUCUCGGACCUUUCAGUCGGGGUGCAAUGCAGAAACCCUUCGAACAGGCAGCAUUCGCGCUGAAAGUUGGCGAGCUGUCAUCACCUGUGCAUACAGAUAGCGGAAUUCACAUCAUCCAACGAACUGCAUAAGCCAAUUCUGUCUGAAACGGAUUGUCAAUAUUUUGCAAGAAGUCUCUUUCUCUUUCCAUAUCUGUUUUCUCUCUCUCUCUCUCUCUCUCUCUC